AUGGCAACCAAAUAUAAGAUCGUCCUUGUCCGACACGGGGAAAGUAUUUACAAUCAGAAGAAUUUGUUCUGUGGCUGGCAUGAUGCGGACUUGUCUGACACCGGCAUCACGGAGGCAAACUACGCCGGCCAGCUACUGAAGAAGGGCAACUACGAGUUUGACAUUGCUUUCACCAGUGUUCUGAAGAGAGCUAUCAAGACCCUGUACCUUAUACAGGAGGAGCUUGAUAUUCAUUGGCUUCCGGUGGUGAAGUCCUGGCGACUCAACGAGAGACAUUAUGGUGGUCUGCAAGGACUGAACAAGUCUGAGACGGCUGCUAAAUAUGGAGAGGAUCAAGUUCAGAUCUGGCGUCGGUCUUAUGACAUCCCUCCACCACCACUCGAGAAAACUGAUGAGCGCUGGUCUGGGAGAGGCAAACAGUAUGCAAAUAUGGAUCAGGGAAUGAUUCCAGCUUGUGAAUGCCUUAAGGACACAGUGGAGCGCACACUGCCAUUCUGGUAUGAUUCUAUUGUACCUGCCAUUAAGAGCGGACAGAGGGUGCUGAUCUCUGCCCACGGAAACAGUCUGAGAGGCCUCAUCAAGUACCUGGACAAUGUUUCUGAUAAUGAUAUUGUUGGAUUGAAUCUUCCUACGGCAGCACAGGCCAAAGUUGCAGCUCAAGGAAAGGCCAAAUAA